GUCGUGAACGAAAAUCGUGUGUCGUAUCGAUCUUCGUCUGCUAGAUCUUCUAUGAUGACUUCUACUACCGCCCAAACAUCGUCAAUAAUUUUCUUCGCGACAUUUUCUCUCGCUACCUAUAAAUCGUAGUAGUUUGUGAGUUUCACUGGAACAACAUUUUUUUGGUUCAAAAACAAAAAAGUAUCAUGACGACCGGUGCGCUGAUUUCUCCCCGCAUUGUGGUUGCGGCAUCGGAGCCGCGUGCUCCAAACAAGUUUUUGCUUCUGUCGAUCACGGCCUUCAUUUUUCUCUUCCAGGAAUUUACCGCUUUCGCCGGGGCCGUGGAGCAGGAUACGUCAGGACAAGAUCACCUCCAGGCCGAUCGGAUGGCACAGGCCAAGGACGAUGGAACAUCUUCUGAUGUUGAUGCUCCGGCGGAAAUUCUGCCAGCCACGCAGGAUGAACUACAAGCGGAAAAGGACAAAGACGAUCAAACACAAACAACACCUGUCGUGUCAUCCUCCACAGCUUCUUCCUCCGAAGACGUCCCCGCCGGCGCAGCUGCAGUUGAUCAUACCAAACAAGUUGAUCCUUCCUCCAGCAGCUUCCUCUUUUUCAGCUCCCAGAACGGGCUAUGCAUUGCAAAUAUGUCUGGGUCUGGAAGAGUACAAACCUGUGACGCGCGUUUCAGAUGAAGAUGAACACAGAAAAAUCUCUCGUGCAUAGGCAGCAAAAGCUGCCCGCUUUUUGUCACCAAAUAAAUGGGGGAUUUGUCAUGCGGAUUCGGCAUGGCGGAAGCUUCUCGAGAUGACCUGUGAUGCUAGAGCUUCGAUGCCAGACCUUCUGGUGCGUCAUGCAAAAACAGCACGACUCUUCCAGACCCAGACACUUUUGCACUUGAUACGGGCAGGAAAAGAGCAAGAAAUUUCUCGAGCGCCGGGAAAACGAUUAUCACAGCAAAAAGUGUGUAACUUUAACAGAAUUUGGAAUGCAGGAGUGCACGACAAGAAAUGAUUCCCACAUUUGUAUUGCCUAGCAUGCAUCAUGAUAGCAAAAAUUUGUCAUGCAUGACUGCGAAAAUGCCACAAAGCCGUUAAGAACGUUAACAUUUUUUUGCUUGAUGAUAACGAUUCGCCGGCUUCCAUGUUUCAGCUCGCGCUCGAUUUUGCCGGUAUGGUGACCGGCGGAGCGGAGGUUGAUGCCAGAGGUACAACUACGAGUUCCUCCGGGACCGGGACCAGCAAGACAGCAGCAGCUCCGGUUGAUGGUGCCGAAAGUACUUUUGUGCAGGAGCACGAAAAACUGGCUGUCGGGCAGACCGAGAAGCAGGAAGUGAGCAAGGCAGACGGGCAAAUGCAAGGGGGCCCUGCUGCUGCACCGGCGCAGCAAGUGCAAGACCCACAGCAACAACAAGUGCAACCCCCAGCAGGAGCUGCACAACAGCAACAGCAACUGCCGGACGGGCAACAGCAGCCGCAGCAAGCAGCCGGGACACCAACGACCCAGACGAGCAUCUUCGGAGCCAACGCGAAUCAGGCCAAGGACAUGGCGGACGGCGUCAAUGGGAUGGCGCAGCAAAGCAUGAUCAUCUUCUUCGUGCUUUUCGGCGUCGGCGUCGUCGGGAUUGCAGUGGCUGGGGUUCUGGUGUACUGCUACUGUUUCCGAGCCACUUCUACGACUUCCGACGGCGAUCGCAACUCGGCGCCCGGAGGGCUGAGUGCGGCGGACCAGCACGCCCUGGUUCGGGAUCGACAGCAAGGCCUAUGGAUGUGUCAGAGUUGAAAUCUACAAAGUUGAAAUAAUUUGCCAUGCAUAAAAUGGACGCCAGUUGGGACCCAGUUUCCAACUGGCGCAUGACAAAUUUCGGUGGUCCCUAAAUCCAGUUUGUCAUGCUGCUUAGGCAAAGAAGAGCGAUUUUCUCAUGCUACUUUAGCCGCUCGAUCUGUAACCCCAAACAGGCUGACAAUCGGCCUCACUUGCCUGCUCUGCAACACACGUACCUCGGGUCAUGCAUUUUAUGCAUUACAAAUUAUUUCAACUUUGACGAUUUCAAACCUGACGCUUCCAUAAGGCCAGGGGGCAGCGUACUAUGACCAGCAACAAGGGGCCGCCGCCGCUUAUGGCGGGUUGUACGGCCAGGGAGCAGCGUAUGACAGUGCACAACUCCCGCCCCUCGUUUGUCAUGCAAAAUCCCAAAUCCAGUCGCUUCCCUGUGGCAAUGUUUGCAUGACAAAUUUCGAAAGCCCAAACAGUUACAUAAAUUUGCCAUGCACAAGCUCCAGGAUCGCUGGCGUUUGUAUUGCUGUUCAUGCAAUACAAAUGAGGGGGAGGGGGAGUUGUGCACUGUCAUACAGCCUACGGGUACGACCAGGGGGCUGCGGCUGCGUACGGCUACAACCAACAAGCAGCUGCGUACGGUUACAACCAGGGAGCAGCUGCGUACGGGUACGGAGCGGCGCAGUGAACUUCGUUCAGAAGUAGUUCACCGAGACCAAAUCGUGCAGUUUGGACGAGGAAUUCGUAACAAAUCUCAAAAGUGCAUGCUAGAUUUCCGCAUUUCUAUUUCGUUUGACUCAACGUUUUUUACAUUUUACAUUACAUUGACGGUUCUGUUCCAAUUGUUUCAGUGCAUGAUUUACACUCAGUUGAUUUCCACUUUUCAGAUGUACAAUUUAAGUUGAACGGUACUUUUACUCGCAACAUCUACAUCGUUUUCAAGCUGGAUGCAAAACACGACUACACACAGCAGCGAUUAUUCGUGCAAGAGUAAACGGGAAAUAGCGACCAUAUCGACAACUAAAUCGGAG